ACCACAAGUGAACUGCUGUGAGGUUUCUGGUUUCCUGUGCGUAUUUUUCUCGUGCUUUUGUUAACCGAAUUUUUGCUUCAUUUCUUUCGGUAAAGUGCUACUUGUUCAAGUUAUAUUUUGUUAGGGAAUCACAAGGAAUCAUAAAAGGAGACGUAAAGAUGACAAUGUUACAGUUCAAAGAUGCCUUUUGGGGCACAGAAUUCACCAGCAAUGCUGGCUAUGAAGCUCUCACACAGAGACUCUGCGAUGGCCGGCGGACUUGCAAAGACAUGGAGGAGCUCUUGAAGAUGAGGGCAAUGGCUGAAGAGAGGUAUGGCAAAGAGUUAGUAACUAUUGCACGAAAGACUGGAGGCCAAAGUGAAAUAGGCACUUUAAAGAUAUCGUUUGAUCAACUUAAAACACAAAUCGAGAACAUUGGAAAUUUGCAUAUCCAUCUAUCAGGGAUGUUAAAAGAAGAGGUCAAGCGCAUGGAGCAGUUCAGAGAGCGCCAGAAAGAGCAGCGCAAAAAGUUUGAGGGAAUCAUGGAGAAGGUUCAGAAGACCAAGGUUGCACUGUACAAGAAAACAAUGGAGUCUAAAAGAUCCUAUGAGCAGAAAUGUAGAGAAGCAGACGAGGCCGAACAGACAGCAGACAAGAUCAACAGCACUACCACCCCCAAACAGGCUGAAAAGCUACAAAACAAGGCCAAACAGAGCAGAGAAGCUGCUGGAGAUGCAGAGAAACAGUACAUGUCAAACAUCGAUCAACUGGACAAGAUUAGACAAGAAUGGGAGACUACGCAUGAGAGUACAUGUGAGGUUUUUCAGCAGCAAGAAGGCGACCGCAUCAACAUCUUGAGAAAUGCUAUUUGGGUCCAUUGUAACCACUUCUCAAUGCAGUGUGUCAAAGAUGAUGAGUGUUAUGAAGAAGUGAGGACAGUGCUGGAAGGCUGUGACAUCACAGCAGAUAUCAACAGCUUUAUAGAUUUAAAAAGAACUGGAAGUAUUCCACCAGAGGCCAUCGUAUUUGAAAAUUAUUACAGCCGAGAUCCCUCAGAUGAGAGCAAUGGCACUGCCCGCUUUGGGGGAGGAGUGAUGAAGAGGUUUUCUAAUCUCUUGCAAGGCAACUGCUCUGGUGGUUCCAAAAAUACCAAUGACGUCUCACAGCCAAUAGCUCCCUCUUCUGGAGACAACUCAGAUGGAGUUUAUGCCUCUAUUCCUGGGUUUGCAAAUGCAGCUCCAAAUACAACUGACCACCAACGAGAAAAGUACCAGGCUCUGUAUGACUACAAUGCUCAGGGUGCAGACGAGUUGUCCAUCUUGAUAGGGGAUGUUGUUCUGGUCGUGGAGCAAGGAGAAGAUGGUUGGUGGACAGUGCAAAAGAAUGGGCAGAGUGGCCUGGUGCCAGGCUCUUACCUGAACAAGAUUUGAGCGCAAUUCAGUCGCCAAUGCCUAAUGUCCAUGGACUUAUGCCCUCUAAUAGGCGUUAGAGCCCAAAUUAAUUGUGCCUGGAUCAACCUUAAAUAUUAAUACAGUGCCUAGGAUCUAGAACAUGUUUUCAUAGAGGUCUAUUCAUACAGGUCCUGGGUACUGUAUUAAUAUUUAAGGUUUAAUGAAUCAUGGCCAUGUGUAAAUAGAUCAUUGUACUUAUUUUGUUAACAGAAAGAUACAUAUUUAUUUCUUGACUAGAAGAAUGUAUUUAUUGUUAAUUAAAGGUAAAGAAAACCCAAGUGCACAAAAAUAAGAGUUAUAACCAGGCAUAUUGGGCUGUCUGUGAUUUGAGGUCCUGGAUAAUAGGACAGCAAGCAAAUCUGAGUGUGAGUGGACUUGCUAUCAUAAUAUUACAGUACGUUUUGUGUAUAUUCACUAGUAGAUGGGUAAAAUGAUUAACACAAAGCAAAUAUUACUUGUUAUGGAGGUAAUAAUAAAGAAUAUCAUCACUGUCCAAAAAAAGGCAGCUUUACAGGAGAGGCCAAAAACAUUCUUCACAAUGUACUUCCAUGCAAAGUUAUUUUGGAGCAUUUCUAUUGGUGUAUUCAUCGUGAACGGUUUUACACAAUGUAAAGGGCAGCUGCUGUGCUCAAUUGAUGUUAAAAAAUGAAAAUUUUUGGACAGCAAGGUUAUUUAUAUAGACCACAAUAAAUCAUUUACAAAUUCACCCCACACUACAAUACUGGGGAGCUGCCAGGAAAAUGGCUUCAUAUAAUCUUUAAGCAAGCCAGCAGAUUUUAACAUCAUUGGUCAAUUUUGGGGUUAUUUUGUAAUUCUAUAUUAUACAAUAAAGUAAUUUUAGUACAUGAUGACAUUUCAAGUAAGAUAUUUGUAUACUUAAAAUACAUUCCAGCCAAACAAAUCUGCCUGAAAUAUGCUUACUCGCCUCUUACAGCGGUGCUGUAAUGGUCUCUAAAGCAAGACUUCCUGGCUUAAGAAGUAGGAAAGGCCCUUUCUCAUGUAUUUUACAGGUGGAAGUGUGGACAGUGGUUGUCAGCCAACUGAGGUUAGCACUACCUCACUAAACAGGCAGUAUACUUAAAAUGCAAAUGUUUUUGGGCAAAACGAUGCAGCGGUUGGUCCUUGGUGCUGCGUGUGCUGCUUCCUGAGCAAACUUUUAUGUUUAAUGUUAUUUGUUCAGAGAUCUCACCCCUAACACCAACUGGUCCGCUGCACAAAGUGAGCUUCUACUGGUGGUAAAACAUACACUGUGCUAUUUUUAAGCACAUUUAUGGCAGUGAGUUCAGCAGCAUUUCAGUUUUGGUUGGUUUUGUUUUUUUAUCUGAAGUAUACUGCUAACUUAAUGCUAGCUUGCACCAUGAAUGUAAACUCAAGCAUGUUAACAAUAGUUGCCUAAAAAAACUCUUCCCUUCUCCUUGUCUAUUAAUAAUAGCAUUAAAACCAGAAAAAAAGUAUAUUUAUAAAUGUAAGUGCAGAUUUUGAGCACAUUCUGUUUACCACUGUGAAAAGUUCCCUUCCACUCCAGUUUCAAUUGCUGUCAUCUGUUUGUAGGCCGUGUCAUAUUACAGGUUUCAUUUUAGAUCAACCAGUAAAAACUGCAUUUAUCUUUAGAAGUCUUGUCUUACAUUAGCUUGCAAAAUGCUAAUGUACUAGAUGUGACUCAUGAAGCCACAUACACCGAACAGUUACAUUAAUAUCCAAUUACUAAAGCCAAAGACUCUCAAUGCUUUAGUUAUUAGUGGUAUUAGAGGGAGGACUUGUCUGCCUUAUGUGCAUCUGUAGAUCUGGUAAUGAUAGACGAUAUGUCUUGCUCCUCAGUAGGAUCUAUUCGAAGCAUGGCUUUAGAAUAAUUCUAUAUCCCCAUCCCUGGGAAAAGCCUGACCUUUAGCCUUGUUCUACACAAGCUUACUGCUCAAGUUUUUGAGCCGGUUGCUCUGACAAAGGGCCUCAACAAUGAUUUGUCUGAAUGGCUGAGAGAACCAGGGAAUUCCUGAGAAGCAUGAAUAAGGCCAUGGAUCUGAUUGGGCAGAGUCAGCUUCUAAUGCUCUGUUUCCAUGCAUGCUGUUAAACCAACAACACUAAUACUGCUAAAAAAUGAAUGUUAAGCUGGUAAUAACUGCCAGUCAUGGGCAAAGCAUUCCUUUACAGUAAGCCUUCAUAAUAAAAGUAUCCUGUGUGCACUCAGUGAUCAUGCAAAUGGAGCAUUGAGAGUAAAGCUCAUCAAAAAUAUUUUAUAAAAAUGGCAACUGACACUUAUUUGAUGUCAAAAUUACGUGUUUAAUUUGCUUUCCCUUAUUCUAUGUACAUUCAUUUCAAAUGUUGAUGCUGUUCUACAUCGCUAUAGAUUCUCCAAAGCAACUUUAAAAUCUACUUCCCAGAAUACUAAACUCCACACAAUAAGCAUGGGAAGGAAGAAAAUUAAAACAAUGAUAAAAUACAUGGUAGGUAGUGCAUGUAGCGUAUUCCACAAACAUUAGUUUUAUGUGUAAUACCGGGGUAAAUUUACAGAUGUUCCUGAAAGUUCACUUUAAGAUUGGAGUCAUGUUGCUGAGCAAGCCAGAUCUUGUCUGAUGCUGCCAGUGUUUCUGGUGAUGGGUGGUAUAGCUGAGACAGCAACAAUGCAGAGCAAACUUCUAACCCAUUAAAGACUUCACCUAUCCCAAUAUAUUCAGAAGCAUGAUCUCAACGAAACCUGAUAAAAUAAUCAAUAGCUGUACACAUAGUGCAAACUAACACAUGAGGAAAGCUUGAAUUCCACAUUUUCUGUCCUUACAAUAAUGCCAUCUU